AACAGAAAAUCAAAUUAUGAUUAAUAACAGCUUCCAGUUAAUAUUGGAAAGUAAUGCUCAUGCCGACAGUAAUCUUUUAAAAUACGCGAAAUUCGCUCAACUACUAGCUAUUAUUAGCGAGAACGCCGAGGACUUAUUUGUAGAGUUAAGUAGAACAGAAAAUGUUCUAGCUUUUAUUCGUGCAUCAAGCACUCAUCAUAGCAUGUUAGGUAUAGAAAACUUAAGGAUUAUGAUUAAUAAGCUUAUAUUAGUAUACGGUCAGGAACAGGUGCUACAGGCAGAAUUAAGGGAGUACUACGACGUGAUAAAAUCAGGAUACUAUUAUGCAGGAAAUAAAAUAAUCAUUAUAUUCAAAUUUCCUAUUAUCUCUCCUAGCAAAUUUGAAUUUUAUAAGCUUUCACUUGUCCCAAAUAGAAACUUAAAGACAUAUGUCCCACCUUACCCAUUCCUAGCAACCAAUGGUGUAACUUUCAUGUACGUAGAAUCAGAAUGUCCGAAAUUCAACCAAGAACAUAUAUGCGAAGAAAAGAUAAAACACAUAUCUAGAGGAGACCCAGAUUGCGUCGAGAGCAUCGUCAGCCACCAAUCCCUGGACAAUUCAUGCCGACCUACCAAAGUAACUUUCGACAAGGAAGCGGUGGAACAGCUAGAUGAUCAGCACUAUACACUCAUCUUUCCCAAAACCACGAAGACAGAGCUUCAGUGUGAACGACAGCAGUUCAUCAACCUCCAUGGGAGUUACCUCGCCACCAUACCACAUAAAUCCCUUUUGCGCACUGCAGAAUUCACUAUAAUCAAUAUCAACGACCGAGUGAAAGGACAACCACUACUGAUAACUGAGAUACCUCACAACUAUGAAACCAUCGAUACUAAAGAAAUUCAACACAUAAAACUCAACUCCAUCAACUUAAAAAGUCUACAGUCUAUACAAGAUAAAAUUAUAAUGCAGCAGCCAAUCCAAAGGGACCACACGGAUAUAGCAAUAUACCAUACAACCAUUCCCUUGUACGGAGCUCUGGCCGUAGCAAUCGUUAUUAUUUCUUCAUUCAUCCUGAAACGAUACAAAUUGAAACCGAAACCAAUAAAGAAGAUUCCUCCAUCUCAAAUAAUGACAGCUCGAAGCCAUGAAUCUGAAGAUCUUGAAAAUUCAGAACAUCAAGAUCCAAGGACAGCAACAUUUGACCUCAAGGUGCUCAAAUAGUCGCUGAGCUGAGGGGGGAGGUGUUAUAUACCCUAACUCUAUGUAAUAUUCCGAUAUGCAAUAGGAAUUUUACCACAUACAUAUAUACAUUGGCGUACGUGACUGUCGUGAACGCUGAGACAGCAUUUCAACACCCUAGAAACAGUGCAUUGACAUAAAUGGCACAUUGACGCACAUGAGUGCGGGGACGCCGAUUGAGCACCUUUACCUCAUGGAGCCUCGAAGCCAGCCACGGGGCCCGCACUUCUGAACUCACAUCGUCGGAAGACAGACCAGUAGCAUUAAUUAAGUUUAAGUUUCAUUGUAACCUUUUUAAUUUUAAUAAACUUUAGAUUC